GCAGUUGCCUGGGAAAAUGUAAAUGUAUUUUGUAAUACUUGUAUAUUGUGGUGUAUAUGACGUCAAUUGCGGCAAGGUCGUGUAAAUUAUUAAGAAGAAAUAAGACAAAAAGGCACUGGCACGGCCUGAUUCAACUCCACUCAAGCUAGUGGCCACUCAAGAUCGCACAUUGAAAGAUGGCAAAGUAUGGCAAGGAGGAUGAUUGUGUGCUUCUAAUCAUGGCAGAGGCGCAGCGCGGCUCUUCCAAAGCGAUCCACAAGAUGAUCAAACUGCGACCAUAUGUGCCCUCGAAGCGCAUUGCCAUACGGGACUCUUCCAUCGACGAAGACAUCAGCGACGAUGUGGACGAUGAGGUGUUCAUCAAGGAUGCGCGCUCGGCCAAGCGCAGCGAGGAGCAAGGCCUGAAGCGUCCACUGAUGGCUCCGCGACGCAAGCACAGUUCGGGUUCCAUUUCCGGCUCGGGUUCCUCUGCGCCCAUCAUGAAGCUGCACAAGCGACGACGCUGCGGACGCUGCUGUGAGCCCUUCUGCUAUGCGCUGGCUGCCAUCACCGUAAUCUGUGCGUUGCUCAGCCUGGCCGCGCUCAUGCUCACGCUCUUCCCACUGCCGCUGCAGCGGAUCCGACACUGGUGGCGCGACGAUCCCAGCCAGCUAGGCGGCUACUCCGCCGUUGCAGCUGCCUCCAGCAUUGGUUAUGGCAGCAGUUUGGGCAGCGAGUUUGUGCCCUGCACUCAGAUCAGUGUACAGAAGCGCUGGACACGCAGCCUGGCCCGCAUGAACAGCGAGAGUCCGCUGCGAGCUGCGGAUCUGAAUGGGGAUGGCGUGCAGGAUGUGAUUUUUGGCUAUGGCGUGGACGACAACAUCCACUACGAGGGCAUUCCACUGCCACGCUGCAAGUCCUCGCAGGGCGAGGACGAAGUCCCCUGCGAAGGCGGUGUGGUGGCUCUCAACGGCAGGGACGGCACCAUCCUGUGGCAGUCCUGGAGCGUCGCGAAUGUCUUCUCGCUGCACUGCAGCGCCGAUGUGGACGGGGAUGGCGGCCUGGACUGUGUGGCAGCUGGAAGACUUGGGAUGAUUUAUGCCAUCAAUGGACGCACAGGCGCUGUCAUCUGGCACUUUCGUGAGCUGGAGGUGGAGACCAACUCCCCCAUCGUCAUGGAUCUGUAUACGAUCAAUGUGCUGCGUGACCUCGAUGGCGAUGCUGUGCCAGAGCUGAUUGCCGCCCAUCUGGAGGAGCGCGAAGAGUCCAAGGCGGGCCACAUCAAGCUGAUUUCGGGCAAGACGGGAAAGGUGAUCCGCAGCAUACCGACGCCCUAUCGCGAGGAGAUGUUUGUGCCCAUCCAAUUGCUCACCCAGCCGGACGGCACCGAAGUGCUGCUCAUCCUCACGGGUGGCCAGAACACCCCCGGCGGUGUCUACUCUCUGCGGCUGCACUCGCUGAUGGCGCACACGAGCGAGAAGCAUUUCACUCCACUCUACCAGCAGCCAGGAUCGGGUCUGAUGGUCCCAGCCGUGCUCACCGAUCUCAAUGGGGAUGGCGUGUCCGAUGUGGUGGUGGCCGCCUUCAACAGCACCGUCUACGCCUUCGACGGGGCCAACUACAGCGUCAUGUGGAACUACACCUUCCCGGCCAGCGAGUGCGUGAGCGCCAUCGUGCCUGGGCACUUUAACCACGAUAAUGUCACCGAUUUCAUGGUCAAGUACAACUCCGGACCGGGCUUUCCCGUCUACUACUACUCGCAGACGACCAUACUGGACGGACGCACGGGGCAGCCGCUGCUCAAUGCCAUGAUGACGGAUGCGGGCGGUGCCAAUAGUCUCCUGGGAGGCGUCUCCAUAUCGCAGAGCUUCGGUGGUGACUUUUUCCUGCACUGGCAGAUCCAGUGCCGCAACAAACCCAAUGCCCGGGAUGCCUACGAGUUUGUGCCGGACAGCGACAUCAUUCUGCAGGCCCGGGCGGACACCUGUCGCCUGCGCUACAACGAAUCGACGGUGCUGAAGCUCUACGCGAUUGCCAGGCACAUUGAGCCACCGGGGGCGGUGCUCUUCAGCACUGACGACCUGGAGGUGCAGCUGAAUCGCACACAGCGGCCGGCUCCAGCCGGCAAGCAGUCGCCGCUUAAGCACCCAAAGCUGCUUAAGAAGUUGCUGGCCAAUCGGGAGCAGCUGCUGCGCCAGGUGGCCGAGGCGGAGCAGGCGGUGAAGCGGAAGCAUCACAAGCACAACCCACUGAUGGAGCAGCAGCUGCAGGAGCUCCUCCCCAACGAGAUUCCGCCAUUCGGUGGCAGUGUCUAUCCCAAGGAGUUUAAGGACUACGAGCAGGUGCCGCCACUGCCGCCAGAUGGCUCCAGUCCAAUGCGCGUGCCGGAGGAGUACGAGAUGGUCUACAACGACGAAGUGCCUCAGCUGAUUGAGAACGAGCGGCCCAUCCAUUUGCGCAGCAAAUAUCCUAGCGGCAGCAAUCGGGACGUGCGCAGCGGCAGCCUCGACAGCACGACCACAAGCAGCAGCACCACUAGCACCACCAGUGUGCCACUGUCUGCCCAGUCUCCGCUCAGCCUGUGGGAUCUGGAGCUGGACAACGAGGCCAGGGAGCAGGCGGUGGAGGCGGCAGCAUUGGAGGCCUCACAGAAGAGCCGUCGGCGACGCAAGCGUCAGCGUCGCGAGGAGACCUCCUCGCGUGCGACCACAGCGGCAGGCGAGGACGCAGGUGCAGGUGCAGGAGAGGAUUGGUAUUUGGCAUCCAUUUCCUCCACUGGGGUGCUGCUCAAGGCCCUGGGGAAUGCCAGCUCCUCGCUGGAUUUUGCCUUUGUGCUCAACAUACGCGAAUCGGAGGCCUAUCCUCCUCUGUUCUCCCCACAGGAUCUCAGCUGUGUGGAGGAGAAGAUCAGCGCCUACAAGAGCUAUACCAUCGAUAAUUUGCGCGUUUUACGCAAACAGUUCCUGAAGCAGUGCCUCAGCGAGCGGCUGGUGGACUCGGAGCCCGCGCUGCCCAAGUUCGAGUCGCAGCUGAUUGUGACGCGCAUUGGGAUCACCUGCACCUGCCGAUCGCUGCAGCCAGGCGAAGUGUGCUCCGAGCUGGAUCCCCUCGACGCACAACAUUGGACAGAGUUUAUGGGCAACCAUGGACACGGUUACUAUGCUAAUCGCUAAACGCUAAAACCCAAAAUGGGUGGCACAACAGGAGGGGCAGCCACGCAGUAGCAGCAACUGCGGUUUUGGUUUUUUUGGCCGCCGCCUGCAAUGCUGCUAAGCGUCUCCCUUCCACUAAACUCUUUCUCUGUAACUCUCUCUCACUUUGUCUCGAUGUCACUAUUGUAAUUUAUCGUAAUUUGCGUGUUGUGUGGGGUUUCUUGUAACGGUAAAACAGUAUUUACAUGUGUA